GGUGGGCUCUGCAUUGUUGUCUGUCUGCUCUGAGCUGCUCCCGCUCUCUGCUCUCUCUCUGCCCUCUCCCUCUCCCCAUGUGCCCGAGGAGCUCAGCAAUGUCAAGACACAAAAACAUGCACUGAAAUCCUCCGCCCGGGGCUGAGCCUUCAAAUGCAUUGAGAGUGCAAUUCAGUCAAACGCAAAAUGGUGCUGUUGUUUGAUUGCUUAAGGAGCCAAAUGAGCAUGUGAAGGGGGGGGGAGGGAGGGAGGGAGGGUCCGCUUGGGCUCCAAACAGAUGAGGAAAUAUGUAACGGGGGAGGAAGGCAGCUGAGGGUUUUGCGGGGAAAGGUCUUUUUUUUUUAAGGUUGAGAUGUUGCAGCGCAAGUCCAAGUUUUCAGAGAAGGGGCUGAGUGUCCUCAUAGAUGCUGUGACGGUCAGGCAGCAGAUCCUCUUCUCCCCCGGAGGGUUCCCUGCCCAGACCCAGGCAAGGCUGAGGGCGUGGCAGGAGGUAGUCACGCUGGUCAAUGGCGUGGAGAGAACCCAGAGGACCUGGGAGGAGUGCAGGAAGAAGGUCCAUGACCUGAAGAAGAGCGCAAGGAAUAAAGUGCCGUAUAACAAUGCGACCAGUGCUGGUCCAUCGACCCAGAAGGAACUUUCACUACAUGAGGAGAGGGUUUUGGAGAUAUUUGGGCCUGAGCCAACGAUGAGAGUAGAAGAAGGGAAUAUUGGAUUGGACUUUGAACGACGAGACUUACAAUUCAUUUCACCCCAGCACGGAGUCAUAUCUGGAGGGGAUGAUGUCCUAGAAGAAGGAAACAGCCCUUCAUCAAUCUCUGAUCCAAGUGAAAUAUCGCAACCAGCAUUAUCACUUGCACAUUCCAGCUCAGCUAUUGGCACUUUGGGUAAUGUAGGAGACAUGUUGGUAGCACAGCACUCAAGUGAGGGGCAGGAGUUGGACAGACAGAAAGAAAAAGCCAGUGUUUUUACAUCGGCUUAUCGGGAUGAAUCAACUCAAAGUGCUUCACAAUUAAUUACUGUCAAAUGUGAGGAAGGUGAUGAAGGUGAGGAGAUACAAGUGAAGAUAAUCUCAGAUGAUGAAGAUUUGGAGGAUGGAGUCUCCCAAAUCUACACAGGCCCACCAAUGAGACAACCACAAAUGAGCCGGGUGCAUCUAAGAUCCCUGUCUGGCAGGGCUGUGGAUGAGAGGGGUAUAGGUCCCCUAUUUCGUAGGCAAAUGUUAAGGCAGGGAGAUGACACCAUUCAGUUGCUGACAGACAUGAGUUCAACUAUACGUAGUGGUCUGGCUCCUGUGCAGCAAUGUGCAGAGCAGCUUCCAGACACCAUAAGACAGUUAAGGCAGGACCUUGUGAAGGCAAUAAGACUUCUGCGUCGUGAGAUGAGAUGUGUCUGCAGGAAUGUCGAGCAAAGAAUGAACUCUGAGACUUGUGCAGAACAACAAUCAGCUGGUGUGGACACACAGCUUGUGGUGGAGGCUAUACAUGGUGCCACUGCAUUAGCAGCUGCAACCAUGAAUACUGGCAUCUCCCAGGCCAUAGCUAGUGCCUUUGCCACAUUGAGCGAGCAGAUGAAUAGAUCGAUGGCAGCUGGCUUCCUCCAGAUAGCUGAAACACAGAAGUCCAUCCUCAAGCAGAUAGCUGAGCAGAGGUACCAGGAGGUUGUCCGAAACCUUGGGUCAUUGGGCCCACAAACCGAAGGGAGUUUCAAUACAAACACACCUGCCAACGAUCCCUCAACCCCUAAUUUAACAACCACAGAAUGCCAACAAUCACACAGGGAUCUGCUUUUGGACAUACAACCAAGUGGUUUAGAGCUCACAGAUUCUGUUGAAGCUUCAGGCAACUUUGAUUCUGAGCUGUCAACCACCACACAGCCACUUUUUUCUACACUAGCGAGUUUCAGCACUGCAGGAGUAGGGUCACACAGAGGUAAAAGAAAACAUCCUGCAACAUUGAGGCCAUUGAGCACACGCAUGACCAAGAGUAAGAGGACAAGAAAGGGUAAAAUGUAAGACACUCAUUAGAAGUAUUAAGGUGUGUUGUAAAUAUUUGUAAAUAAAAUUGUUCAUUUUA